CAAAUAUGACAGCAAAAAAAAGAAAAAUCAUCUUCUAAACAAGAAGGUUGUUUAAGCAGCUGCCAGCGGAGUGAGGAACAAAGCACUUUGGAUAACUAUGAACGCUACAGCAGUAAACCAGUCAGACUGCCCCGAAGUGAAGGUCCCCGUCCCCCUUUUCUUCACCAUUGGUGUUGUAAGCCUAGCUGAAAACCUGCUGGUUGUGGUGGCCAUUAUUCGGAACAGGAAUCUCCACUCGCCCAUGUACUGCUUCAUCUGCAGCCUGGCGGCUUUCAACACCAUAGCCAGCCUCACCAAAACCUGGGAGAACCUAAUGAUCGUAUUUUCCGACGUGGGACACCUGGAGAAGAAAGGUUCCUCGGAGAAAAAUCUGGACGAUGUGAUGGACUCCCUGCUGUGUAUGUCGUUUGUGGGCUCCAUUUCCAGUUUCCUGGCUAUUGCCAUGGAGCGUUACAUCACCAUCUUCUAUGCUCUUCGAUACCACAACAUUAUGACGAUGCGGCGCACAGGAGCCAUCUUGGGUGUCAUCUGGACAACAUGUGGAGUGUCAGCCGUGCUCAUGGUGAGGUUCUUCGACUCCAAAUUCAUCAUGAUCUGCUUCGUUGUCUUCUUUGUCCUCUCCUUGGCGAUUAUCUGCUUCCUCUAUGUCUACAUGUUUAUGCUGGCACGCAUCCAUGCCAGGAAAAUUGCUGCUCUGCCCACCAGCAGCAGGGGGAAGUGUCAGCAGCAACGGUGGAGGGGCAGCAGCAUGAGAGGGGCCCUGACUCUCACCAUCCUAUUUGGAGCAUUUGUGGUGUGUUGGGCGCCAUUUUUCCUGCAUCUCAUCAUCAUCAUGGUGUGUCCUAUGAACCCGUACUGUGAGUGUUACCGAUCACUGUUCCAGCUUCAUGUGGUGCUGUUGAUGAGCCACGCCCUCAUCGACCCGGCCAUCUACGCCUUCCGCAGCGCUGAGCUCAGACACACCUUCAGGAAGAUGUUGCUUUGUUCAGACUGGAAGUGGUACACAUAGCGCAAUUUGGACUGCUUUGUAUUCAUUGGGUUGCAGAUAUUUAAACCCUGGAGUCAACAGUAUAAAGAUCUGUAAUGCAACUGAACAACUGUGGGUGGUCAAGGGAAUCCAUUUUUUCAGUUGCAUUUUCCCACCUGCUAUCUGAAGCCAGCUACAUCAAGGCUACCACCACCAGUAGCUUUAAUUUUGUUUGUGCUUGAAUGAGCACCUGUGAGCACCAUGUUUUUGCCAAACAGAGUGUUUUUGUGUAUAUUUUUUUUCCAUAGAUAACUGCUAUCUGUCCAUCUUCUCUCUGUCUAUGGCUAUCUAACCUUGGAUGCAAUGUAAUUUCACCCCAAGUGUGAAUCUCUUCAAAUCCUGUUUUAAUUAUCCAUCUGCAGCACAUUCACAUAGGACACAUAUUCCCCAGUACCUAUUUUACUUAAAGGACAUGUUCUUAUUUUACAUGGGUCAUGACAUUGGGUUUUGCAUCACUCACAGUGAACCACAGCCACUAAUGCAAACAAUAACCUUUCACCAUUUCACCUUUUGCUUUUAUUGAGACACAAACAAAAUAAUUCAUUUUAAAGCAACAUGGCCAGCACUGGCGUCAGUGAUUUCAACUGCAGCUGACAUUUAUAUUUUUGCAUGCUAUCACUUUACUAUUAACUAACAUAAAAUAUGUCCCUACAGCUGUUAAUAUUGUCUCACAGUACAUACAAUGCAGGCCUGAGCAUGCAAUUAGCAUCACGUCACCUCUGUCUAUCACAUUCGGUGUUUUCACUGCUGUUUCUGUGGAAACAGGAACUGAGUACUUCACAAUCAAUAAUAUCACAGAAAGGUCAAGUUGGAGGUGAAUGUACAGUGAGGAAAAUGGAACAUUUAUGUG